CUCUCAAUCCUCUGUCUUUUAUGCUAGAAGCCGAAUUUGUGAUUAGAGCCAUGUCCAGGAAGAAGGCAGUGAAAGGCAAAGGGAGCUCCAGGAGCCCCAAGGCGUCGCCGAGCAGCGGCAGCGGGAGGACGGGGAAGGGUUUGGCCGUCGCUGCCGCUCCAUCCUCUGGACUGGUUUAUCCAAGCAGACCGUCCAUCAGCAACAGCGGAGAGUUUUAUGACAUCGCCUUUAAGGUGAUGCUAGUGGGGGAUUCAGGUGUGGGGAAGACUUGUCUGCUGGUCCGCUUCAAAGAUGGAGCCUUUCUAGCCGGGAGCUUCAUCUCCACUGUGGGCAUCGACUUCAGGAAUAAAGUUAUGACCAUUGACGCUGUGAAGGUCAAACUGCAGAUUUGGGACACUGCUGGUCAGGAGCGUUUCCGGAGUGUUACACAUGCUUACUACCGUGAUGCACAUGCUCUACUCCUUCUGUAUGACGUCACUAACAAGAAAUCCUUUGACAACAUCAGAGCGUGGUUGGCAGAGAUCCAUGAGUACGCCCAGCAGGAUGUGGUCGUCAUGCUGCUGGGCAACAAGGCUGACUCUUCACACGAGAGGGCGGUGAAGCGAGAGGAAGGAGAGAAACUGGCAAAGGAGUUUGGAGUGCCCUUCAUGGAGACGAGUGCUAAAUCUGGACUGAAUGUGGAGCUGGCCUUCACUGCUGUGGCCAGAGAACUGAAGCACAGGACCAUGAAGGAACCCGAUGAGCCAAAGUUUCAGCUGCAGCAGUACGUUGACAAAGAAAUGAGGACUGCUGGCUGCUGCCGCUCAUAGACCACAUCCUAUUUGUGUGUAUGUGUGUGUGUGUGUGCGUGAGAGAGAGAGAGAAUAGGUACCUUCUAUUAGAGUAUGUAAUAAGUUGGAGUCUGGGUGCCUGGGAAUACUCUUAAAAGUUAUAUUUCUAUCAGUGGUGAUACGGCCAGUAUGCUCUCUCUCCCAACCCACCUUUCCUCUGCAACUGUGAAUGUAAUAUAACUUUUAUUUACAUGCAUGCACACACACACACACACGCACGCACACACACACACACACACACACACACACACACACACACACACACACACACACACACACAGACACACCGACACACACACACACACACACACACACAGCUAUUUUAUCUUGUUUUGUAAGUCUACUUUGCUUCCUGUUUAAUCUGUUCUGUGCAGUUUUCCAGAAGUGUGAUGUACAUACAGUAUUUUAAAUGUGAUUUUAAUUUAUGCUCUGAAAGCUUUGUAGUUUGUAAAAGCCUGUCUUGUUGAAAGAGAAGUAUAUAGACACAAAAAAGUAGAUAUGUUGAAUAUUAGAAAUAAUCUUACAUUACCGUAAUAGAAAUUAUUAGAUCUUCUGAACACAUUUGUACUGAUACACUACUGCACCUAAUGUAAAGCUGUUAAAUGGCACUGUGUGCUGUUUAUGUACAGGAAAUCAUAUGAUAACUGUUUUAAUACUCUAUUUGUGAUCAUCAUACUGAUGUGUCUGUGAAAUUUGAUUUGAGCCCUUUGGCCUUUUAUACACAGAUUGUUCAAUAUCAGUUUAAAGCUGCUAUGGGAAGAACUUUAACAUUAACAUAAUCUCCUUUGGUAAUUAUUAAACAUUGAUUAAAUUCACCUCUACUCAGCAUUUCUCAGAAUUGAGGAGAAAUUAGCUGUCAUACUUUGUGGCAAAACAGGAAGAAGGUGUUGUUCUUCCUCCCAACAAGAAAUGUGGUCAUCUUUUUUUUGAGCAACAAAUCUAAUCUUAACCCAUAACAUAAAAAAGUUGACUAUUAAGUGUAAAUGUUCAUUCUUCACCCUGACAAAAAUAUCUCAAUUCCAGGUCCACUAACUAGCUUUCUCUCCAUCACAUCAGAAUCAACUCCAUCAGCUUUAAAAUCUAUUGAUCAACUAUUUAACAAAUGAAAUUCCACUGAUCCACUGAUUAAGACUGUGAGAUACAGCUGGAAGCUCCAGAUAAAGCUAGUGAGUUCACUUUUUUCAAGUGUAAUACAGCUGUUUUGAGAGAGGUUACUU